CCAAUGACGGGAGAAGAAACGAAUAAAAAUGCCAGCUCAAUGAAUUUUUAUGCAUAUCGAUUGAUGAUUCGACAAGAUGUUGACAACCAUCUAUUGAGAUAUCGCCGGUUGUUUCAAAAGUACUGCGUCGACAUGUACGUCAAGGUCGAAACGGAGCAGCUCAAUUUCAUUCGCUUCAAUCAGUCAAAGUUACGAUCAGACGAGUACAUCCACUUGCGUUAUGCCAUCGCUACCGAAGGAGACGCGGCCAACAUUGGUCGUUUGACUAUUCUCCCGGCUACUCAUAUUGGAAGCCCGCGACACAUGCUGAAUAUGCCCAAGAUGCGAUGACGUAUGUGCGGAAUUACGGACGACCUGAUUUGUUCAUCACGUUUACUUGCAAUCCGAAAUGGCCCGAAAUUACAAAUCAGUUGCUGACAGGACAAACACCAAGUGAUCGACAUGACAUCAC